AUGGAAGUUGCUGAACCAACCAACACGGUGCUGGUCGACUACAACUACACAACAUUUGAUGAGUUGGCCAAAUUUAUCAACAAGAAAAAUGCAACUGUUGAUGUGCUUGGAGUCGUCAUUGAGGCAUUCCCACUGCGGAGCAUAUCAAAGGACAACAAGGAACAGACCGUGCAAAAAUACCUUCUGCUGAAUGAAAACAUGAAAGUGAUUAGCUUAUCACUUUGGAACGAAUUUGUUGAUGCGGUAGGACCAAGAAUUGAACACGAAGUCAUCAACCACCCGGUUGUCAUCUGCCACCGUGUCAACGUCUCUUACUUUAAAGGAAUCGCCCUCGCCAACAAGUACGAUUCCAUGAUACUUGUGAACCCUCCUAUUGACGAGGCACUGCAACUGGUUACUUGGGUCCAAGUCUUCCUCAGCUUCAAGAACAUCCCCCAAAGGUAUUGGUACAAGGCUUGCAGGAAAUGCUACACUGCAACAGAUAUGCCACUCGGUGAAGAAUACACUUGCAAUGGUUGUGGAAAGCCCCAAGAAGCUCAGGCCAGAUGCCGCUUCGAUAUUGAUCUAAACGAUCAAAGUGGAACUAUUACCGGAAGCGCAUAUGCUGAGUUACCUGAGGAGAUUUUGGAACUACCAGCAGAUGUCCUGAGGAAUUACAGCUUUGAGGAGAUAAAUACUCAUCUGUCCAAAGUCCACAAAAAAUUUGCUGAAAAACCAUUUAUAGUUCAACUCAAACCAUCAAGGAAGAAACGAAGUGGACAAAAGCGUCGAUACGACAUUGUCCAAUACUCCGAAGUACCAGAGGGUACUGAGCUUUUCCAGCCUAAUGAAAUACCAGCUUCUUCAGAAGUUAAGAAAGACCCAUCUGAUGAGGAAACCAGCACGACAUCACCACAUGAAAACAAGUCCAUGGAAUAA